UCCCUUCCCACCCUUCUCCCCGGCCCAUUAUUUUAACAAUCAUUGACCAUGGACACCUCGUCACGCGGAAGUGGCACAGAAUCCUCAGCUGUUAUCCAAACCGCUGUAAGAAGAAAACAAGUCGGCAGUAGCUAUCUGGCGCAAGCCAGCAAGCCCGCAUCGACGACCUUAGGGCCUGUAUCUCAGAUGCUCGCUGACCUUCAAACCGCGCCGGCGCAAGCUGAGACGGCUGUAAAGUCAACUAGUAGCGAGGCUGGCGCUCACGCGACUGACCUUUCGAGAAACAAAACACCCUUAAAACGCGCAGCGACCGAAAGGCCUGCAGAAGCCAGAAGCUCAAGAAGCUCGAGAAGCCCAAGAAGCCCGGCAGCGGUGAUUGACUCCGUAACGCCACCUCCACUGUUGCCUCUUGAACGGCUUCCUGUUGGGAUCCUCAAGUUGUUCAACACUGGGCUAAAACCUCGCGACGAUGAUGAAGUGCUCAGCACUUCUGAAAACCAAGUGCGAGACCAGUUUAGCCUUGAGGCGCCGGUGAAUCUUAGAUAUUAUGGGGAUCGCGCCUCAGAUCGCAUGCUCUUGUAUGAUUUUUUCAGAGAGUUCUUCUUCCGUGUGAGAUUCCACUUCGCGAGGUACAGGAACUCUGAGAUCAAGACAGUCUUGAGAUCCUGUCUGAGAGGCCCUGCGCGCAUGAAGUUCGACGACGCUUUCGCAUGGACCUUACACCCGAGGACUUCGCUUUUGAGUAUCUACCGUUUUUUGGCCCAAGAGUUACCGGACGAUGACUUGGACCAGCCUUAUUGCAAGCUCAUGAGAGCUUUCCAGGCUAAAGGCGAGACGCCUCGCGCUUGGCUGACGCGCCUGGAGAAUUUGGCACUUCGGGCGCAUGAGAAUCUUUCUUUCUUCAUCGUUGUGUUUGCCCGAGAUCACUGCACUAACCAGCUUUUGCGCGACGCGUUGAGACCGGCGGUUCGAGCGCUCGACAUGAAGGCUGUGGAGGAGAUUUGCUUCAGAUUGACGGGCGAUGAGUACAGAGGAACAGGGAGAGUACAUGAAUUCAACAUACCAUUCAACAUCGAUGAAGAGACUGGAGAGAAGAUUUAUAUCAAAGGCUUCCCUCUCAACUCCGUGAUCAGGCAGAAUACCGACGACGAAGACGAGAUGCUUGACGCGCUUGACGAGGACUCCGCCGGCGAAGAAAGCGAUGAUGAAUCACCACCUCCGAAACGUCGCAAGACCUCUUCUACAGGUUCCAAGAAAGGUUGCCAUUUCUGCCGUGUUCACAACUUCAGCAGGCCGGAAACUCAUUCGGAGGAGGACUGCUUUAAUAAGGAUCAAUCCAAACGUCGGCACAAGAGUGCCGGGAAAGCAAAGGACAAGUGAUAUGCGGAUCGUCAUCGCAGCGUCAUGUAUGCAGAGAAGGGAGGAUUUACGAUUGAAGAUUAAUUGAGAGAUGGGGAUGAGCGGUUAAGGGGAACUGGGUAAUGGUAAUUUUGUUUGUGGAUUUUGUGGAUGGUUUAUGUUAAGAUCGCGUUAAUUAGUUGUUAGUCUCUGGAUUUUAUUGUUAUUGAAUUAAAUACAUUUGAGAAUACCCUAAUCAAG